ACGGGCGUGAGUGUGCGGUAGCGCGUGGUGGGGAUGUCAAAGCGGUAAAACAAGAGAUUCUUGUGCUUCGUUGGCAUCAACUAAAAUCCUGUAAGGAUAUCUACGGCUUGUCUGUAUUGCCUCAUUUACAGCGGACGCAGUCAUUCGUUUAUGUUCUGCAGCUCUGUUGUCUAAGUCCCACCCAGAUUUGACUGCUGCAUUGCAGGGAGUGUGAUGACUAUCUGCAGAGAUUAUAUCAUUGGCAUCCACACAGUGAUACUGAAGUCAGUCAAGAGUUUCAGCUGAGGAAAGAGGAGGCUCUGUUCAGGACCUCCCAUGAGUACUGGUCAGGCCCUGUGAGGUGAGAGUCAGCCUCCUCAUUGGCUCGGAGCGAGUGGGUGAGUGAGUGAGAGAGAGAGUGAGAGAGAGUGUGACCCUGUCCCCCCUCCAUCGGCCGGCCGUCUGUGCCCCCCCACUCCUGCGUCUCCAUGUAUCCCGAGUCCACCACUGACUCCCCUGCACGCCUCUCGCUCCGACAGACCGGCUCGCCGGGAAUGAUCUACAGUGCGCGCUAUGGGAGUCCUAAACGCCAACUGCAGUUCUACAGAAACCUGGGGAAGUCUGGGCUGAGAGUGUCAUGCCUUGGGCUGGGAACAUGGGUCACAUUCGGAGGACAGAUCACAGAUGAGAUGGCGGAGCAGCUGAUGACGCUGGCCUAUGAGAACGGGAUCAAUCUGUUCGACACGGCGGAGGUCUACGCUGCAGGAAAGGCGGAGGUUGUCCUUGGGAACAUCAUUAAGAAGAAAGGAUGGAGGCGAUCCAGUUUAGUGAUCACAACUAAAAUAUUCUGGGGUGGAAAGGCAGAAACUGAAAGAGGCUUAUCCAGAAAACAUAUAAUAGAAGGUUUAAAAGCAUCAUUGGAGAGAUUGCAGUUAGAAUAUGUGGAUGUGGUGUUUGCAAAUAGGCCAGAUCCCAACACACCCAUGGAAGAAACGGUGCGGGCGAUGACCCAUGUGAUCAAUCAGGGGAUGGCGAUGUACUGGGGCACCUCACGCUGGAGUCCUAUGGAGAUUAUGGAGGCGUACUCGGUGGCGCGGCAGUUCAACCAGAUCCCGCCCAUCUGUGAGCAGGCCGAGUACCACAUGUUCCAGAGGGAGAAAGUGGAGGUGCAGCUGCCCGAGCUCUUUCACAAAAUAGGUGUGGGGGCGAUGACCUGGUCCCCUCUGGCGUGCGGGAUCAUCUCAGGGAAAUACGACAGCGGGGUGCCCCCCUACUCCCGCGCCUCUCUCAAGGGCUACCAGUGGCUGAAGGACAAGAUCUUGAGCGAGGAGGGCCGGCGCCAGCAGGCGAAGCUGAAAGAGCUGCAGGCCAUCGCCGAGCGGCUGGGCUGCACCCUGCCGCAGCUCGCCAUUGCGUGGUGCCUAAGGAAUGAAGGCGUGAGCUCCGUGCUGUUAGGGGCUUCCAACACCGACCAGCUCAUGGAGAACAUAGGAGCAAUACAGGUUCUUCCAAAGUUGUCCUCCUCCAUCACGCACGAGGUGGACAGCAUCCUUGGGAACAAGCCCUACAGUAAAAAGGACUACCGCUCCUAAAUGCCACUCUGGACACCUGGCUACUGGGCUGCAAUGCCCCCCCCCCACCCCGCCCCUGCCCC